AUGCCAAACCAAUUAGCCGACCGAAUUCUCGCUGGCGCAACCUACUUCUUCCUUCUAUCAGCUCUGGUUUCGACAACCAUCCUCAUUUGUGGUUGCAUACCCUCCGCCCCCGGCGAGACAAGCGCCCUCGACUCCUUCUACGCCAUCCGACUACACACUCCUGGGAUAUCCGCCCAGGGUCUUCGACUCGCCAGCUUUGCUCUCUGUUUCGAGAGUAGAGAUGCAGUGUCCUGCAUUAUUACGGCUGGCAGGAAACCCGCCGAAUCUCUCGCACUAUUAAGUCAGCCAGCAAAUGCGGUCUUCGAUACAAGAGCAGUUGAGGUUGCAUACAGUCUGCAGAAAGAGGUCAUAUACGGCACUCCCGUCCUAGCGGCCCUAUUCUUCUUCUUCAGUCUGUCCUGCUUCUUUAUUUCACAAUUCUUCCGGGCACUCUCCCCUCGCCGGAUGCGAGCAAUUGCAGUAGCACUCGCCGCCCUGGGCACGGCCAUCAUGCUUGUGGAUGCGUUUUCAAUGCAUAUGGUCGCUUCGGCGCUGGAAAUUGCGGGUUCGGAGGUUGUGCAAGGAUUUCAGUAUGAGAAAGGGCUAUACUAUAUGGGGUUUCAGUGGGCGGCAUUUGCGCUAGGAUUCUGCGGUCUCAGCACGUUGCUGUAUGGGAGUUUCAAGAGCAAGGCACAAGAUCCGGUGCUCCCGGCUUAA